AUGGCUGACGCCGACGCACUCCCUUCGUACAAUGCAUUGUUUCCCCAGGAGGAGGCUAACCCCGUCGUCAAUGGCCGAAGACGGUACACGACCAUUACGCUUCGAGAAAUCUAUUAUCCCGGGGGCUGCCCCUGCCAUCCCAAGGAGCAGAAACUGUCCAAGAAGCGUAAAGCGAAACAAGAACCCCAACGUCCACCGAACACCGAGUCAGAGCAGCGAGAGUUCGAGUCGCUCGGCGAGCAGCAGCACAGCCAGUUCUUCGAAUCCGAUGAACACCAGCGGUUCCAACACGAGUGGCACGGCCCCAUCUGUCGAUUCGAGAUCCUCAAAAGCGCGACCUUGGGACUGGUUUGCCCGCAGAACCUCGUGUUGAGCGUCGUCGAUGUCGGUGCCAGGACGGUCCCUACGGAUCAUCUCACCAACAUUUCGACACCACAAAGCUCUCGUCACGAACCAGCGUUUGUGACCAGCAAUAUGAAGUGGUGGAAGGAGAAAUUCUUUCUUCCCCCUUCGUUUCAGAUUUUCCCCGGCACUGCUCACCAGCUGCAUCCGCAGCACAAGGGACUGCAAGGCGAGGAGGCUGCUCAAACGGAAAUUGCAGCCCCUGGACAGUCGCCGCGGCCGCAUCCGCCGUCACAGGGAAGCGUAAGGCAUAUCUAUGCCAAUCCCAGCGCAGACCCUGUCGACAUCCUGAUGAAAACCACGCCCUCAAAGAGCCUCGAUGGUUCCAAGAGGGACGAGGAGCCAUACCCCUUGGCCGAGAUCAAGUAUCAGGGCUUGCAAGGGCUAACUCGCAUGUCCAUAUCACUGACCCUUUACAACAUCUCCCCCGAGAUGCACUACUCUCCCUCGGCGCAGGAACCUCACGGCAUCCGCUCCAAUUAUACCAUUGCACGCCGCGGCUGGAAGCGCGAGUACACCUUGAGCAGUUCGCCAUCCUCGCCGGUCUAUAAAUGGCAUUCCCCGCUCCGUCACAACAGCGAGGUUCUCUCAAUGCCGGCCGUCGACGACGGAUUCGACCUGGCCAACGGGAAUCUCCUGCUAGAAGACCCACAUGGAACGCUUGUGGCCGUGUACAAGCAGCGACGGGACCACCAGUAUUUGGGCGCCUUGACGAUAUUCCUGGACAACGUCGCCAGGGGUCCCAGUAGUGGUAAUUAUCACCACGUUAACGCGUACCGGAGUGAACCCUGGCAAGGGCAGGGACAGGGACAUGGGCGUGAACACCACCGACGAGAACGCACGCACGGACGCGGUGAUGGAGGCACAGAGAGUUGUGAUGAACGAAUCUCCAUCGACGCCGUGGUGACAAGUUGUCUAGCCGUGGUCAUGUACGAGCGGAUUGGAUGGCAGAAUCUCUUAGGCCACUGA